GGCAGUAAACGUUACACGUGGAGGCUGUCCCUUUAAAGAGAGUUCAAUGCCCGAAAACAUGUGCGAAGCUCCAAGAUGGACCUGAAGGCGCUGGCUGUGAAUGCGUUGGCCCAGAAUAAGAAGGCCGCUAUUCUGAUCGGCGGAGCUGGCGUUGCUGCUCUGGGACUUGGUCUUGGAUAUAAAUACCUGCGAAAGCCAGAAAAAGUUGUUCGCGUGGGCGUAGUAUCGCAGCUCCUCCUUUACCCUCUGAAGUCUGGCAGAGCGGUGCCUGUGGUUCUUGCCCAAUGCCAGAAACUCGGGUUGAGUUUUGGAGAGGUGCGGGAUCGGCACUGGCUGGUGGUGACAGAGGAUGGCCACAUGGUGACGGCCAGACAGCAGCCUCGUCUGGUGCUGGUGUCGCUGACCUGCGAGGGUGGGCAGGUUAUUUUGAACGGACCGGACAUGGACGAGCUGAAGUUCCCUGUCAAACAGCCCGACAACUCUGUCAUUGACUGCAGAGUGUUCAGCACUGACAUUCAGGGACGGGACUGCGGCGACGAAGCAUCUCGCUGGCUCACUCGUUAUCUGGGGGCGGAGCAAACCUUUCGCUUGGUGCACUUUGAACCUCAGAUGAAGGCCAGGAGACCAGUGGAGAUGGUGCCUCUGUUCCCACUGGAUGAGCGGGUGGUGUACCCAGAUGUCGCACCUGUGAUGCUGCUGUCAGAGGCCUCCAUUAAGGAUCUCAGCAGCAGGUUAGAGAAGGACGUCACAGUGGAGCGUUUCCGCCCGAACAUAGUGAUAAGUGACUGUGAGCCGUUUGAUGAGGAUUCGUGGGAAGAGAUCCAGAUUGGCAGCGUGCGACUGCAGCGUGUAAUGUCAUGUGGAAGAUGCCUUGUGACCACGGUGGAUCCUGAAACUGGUAUAAUCAGCAGAAAAGAGCCUCUGGAAACACUGAAAAGCUAUCGCCUGUGCAAACCAUCCGAGAAGCACAUCUACAAGUCGUCUCCGUUGUUUGGACAGCUGUAUUCUGUUAAGAAGACGGGGACCCUGCAGGUCGGCGAUGUGGUGUACAAGAUCAGCUGUUGACAGAGGGAGCCAGGGCGGGAAAAGCGUGGCGCCAGGACAUUCAGUGCUUUUCUGAAGGAUUGAGAAAUCUUUGAUAUUUGUACAAUUGUUGUGCUAGGCCUUACUAAAGAAAAUGCCAGAGCUGAUGUAGUAUACAUAAAUAAUUAAUUUAAAAACCACAAAUAUCACAGUUUUUACAAAUGAGCUGCGAUUCACAGAGAGACCAAUCCACAGAGAUAAUGUGCAGCUCAAAAUAUAACAAUGAUAAAGUGGUCUUUAUAGUGGACUGUAAUAAUUGUUAUUCUGCUGUAUUUAUAGAAUGGCUCUUGUAUAAGACUAAUGGAACCUCAAUUAAACACAUUUCUAACUACA